AUGGAAAAGAUAGCAGAUAUUAUCAUUGUUGGUGGUGGAAUUAGCGGAGUUACUUGUGCACAAACGGUUAAUGAAUUAAAUCCAGAUGUCACAGUUAUACUUAUUACUGCUAGUCCUUUGAUCAAAACAGUUGUCAAUUUUAAACAGGUAACUGAAAGAAUAGAAAGUUUUCAAGUUGAAGAGAAGAAUAAGAGUUAUUUAGAAGUUUCAUGUAUUAAUAUUGAAGUUAUUGAUGAUGUAGUUACAGAAAUUCAAUCGGAAAAUCAUAUAUUGUUUACUGAAAAUGGUAUGAAGAUGAAAUACAAGAAGCUUUGUUUGUGUACUGGAGGGAGACCCAAGGUUAUAUCAGAAUAUAACCCAUAUGUACUAGGUAUACGAGAUACGGAGAGCGUUCAAGAAUUCCAGAAAAGGUUAAAAAAUGCUAAGCGAAUAGUUGUUGUAGGUAAUGGUGGAAUAGCAACAGAACUUGUAUAUGAAAUUGAAGGUUGUGAAGUAAUAUGGGCUAUCAAAGAUAAGUCUAUAGCUAAUACAUUUGUUGAUGCUGGAGCUGCUCAAUUCUUUCUCCCAAGUAUUAAUAAAGAUAAAACUAAAACACAUGAACCUCUAAAAAGACAUAAAUAUACAAUAACAGAUGAGGAGACAGCCAAUAGAACAAUAAAUGGAGGGGCUCUUGGUCCAGAUUGGUCUCUCAAUUUGACUAUGGUUGGGCUGAAACAGGACUCACAUAAAGUCCAUAUAGAAUAUAAUGUUGAAGUUAAUAAAAUUUUGACUGCCGCGGAAAUGUUAAGUAGUGAAUGUGAUAAAUGGCCAGUAUAUAUUGAACUAUCUAAUGGUAAAGUAUAUGGUAGUGAUGUAAUAGUUAGUGCUACUGGUGUAAUACCUAAUAGUCAACAACUUCAUACUGAUAAACCAUUUGACAUUGGAGAAGAUGGUGGUAUAAAAGUCAAUGAUAAAAUGGAGACUAAUAUUAUGGAUAUUUAUGGUGCUGGUGAUAUAUGUAGUGCAAACUGGAAACCAUCUAAACAUUGGUUACAGAUGAGAUUAUGGUCUCAAGCUAGACAAAUGGGAUGUUAUGCAGCAAAAUCAAUGUUAGCAGAUUUAGAUAAUGAAGAAAUUACUUUAGAUUUUUGUUUUGAAUUAUUCACUCACAUGACAAAGUUCUUUAACUACAAGGUAAUACUUCUUGGUAAAUUUAAUGGUCAGAAUUUAGGAGAAAAUCAAGAGAUAUUAUUGCGUAUGACAGAAGGUGUAGAAUAUAUUAAACUUAUAUUACAAGACAGUAGAUUACAAGGUGCUAUAUUAAUUGGAGAAACAGAUCUAGAAGAGACAUUUGAAAAUUUAAUAUUAAAUGAAACUGAUUUAACAUUAUUUAAAGAUCAGCUAUUAAACCCUGGUAUUGAUAUUGAAGAUUUUUUUGAUUGA